AUGAUUAAUGAAAAUUUAAAAUUAAAAGAUAAUGCAUAUGGUUAUCAUACAAAAGAAUGUAGUGAUAAUUAUUCAAAAGGUAGACCAUCAUAUCCAAAAGAAUGUAUUGAAUUUAUAAAAAGUUUAGGAUUAUCAAAUGAUUCAGUUAUAGUUGAUUUAGCAUCAGGACCAGGUAAAUUUACAAAAGUUUUAGCAAUUGAAGGUGGUUUUAAUAAUAUUACAUGUAUUGAACCAAGUGGUGAUUUUAGAAAAGAAUGUGAAAAUAUUUUAAAUCAAGUAAAACUUGAAAAUAAUAAUUCAUUAAAUUUUAAAGUAUUAGAAGGUUUAUCAACUUCAAUUCCAUUACCUGAUAAUUCAGUUGACUGUAUUACAGUUGCAACAGCAUGGCAUUGGUUUAGUAAUAUUGAAUCUGUUAGGGAAGUAUCAAGAGUACUAAAACCAAAUGGUGUAUUGGCAAUAAUUUGGAAUAUUGCAAACUUUGGUGAAAACUCAAAAAAUCCACAACAACUUGAAGGAAUUAUUAGACUUCAUAGGGAUGCAAAAUUUAAUGCAAAUAAUCAUUUACCAACUAAAUCAUUACGUGAUAAAUGGAGAGAUGUUUUUGAUGAAAUGAAAAAUGAUCCAACCACUCAUAUUUACUUAAAUCCAGAUCUUACAAAAUCGCCAUCAUUCUCAAACCCUCAAAUUACUUUUGGUGAAAAAACAAUUGCCUCAUCACUUAGUAUGAGUUAUAUUUCAUUAUUACCUCCAAAUGAAAAACAACAAUUUAUAAAUGAAUUAAAACAAAAUUUAGAAAAUUUUAAUUUAACUUCAAAUAAUAAAGAAUUUACUGUUUAUUAUGAUACUGAAGUUUAUUUUUUGGUUUUAAAAAAACAUGAUACCAAGUAUCAUGGUGGUGAAGGAAAUGUCAGUCCAACACGAUCAUUACGUGAUAAAUGGAGAGAUGUUUUCGAUGAAAUUAAAAAUGAUUCAAAAUUACACCAUUUAUUAAACCCAGAUUUUAUUGAAUUAAUACCACCAUUACCAAAUCCACAAAUUACAACUGGUGAAAAAACAAUUGCUUCUUCAUUAAGUCAAAGUUAUAUCUCAAUUUUACCACCAAAUGAAAAACAAGAAUUUAUAAAUCAAUUAAAACAAAAUUAG